CUCAAUUUUCAUUGGCAUUUUUCUCUAUGACCAAUAACGUUGAAUUGAUCGGAUUAGCAAUGAGUUCGAACCAGUUCCAAAAUAUGAUCACUUUUAUACUUUUCGAUACAAAGAGCGUAACAUCUGAAGAGAGCUGUGUCUGUGUGUAGACCGUGGGUCGUCUUUGUAAGUGGAAUUGUGAGAACAGCAGAUCUUAUAAUUUGAGUGGGUAUGAUUGAAAGUGAAAGUGUUUAGCACCUCGUUGAGUAUAAAGCAUUUGUUCGGGAGGUCUAUUGUUUUGCAACAAAAAGACGAAGUCGGAGGGUUUCAAAUAAGUUGACACAAAUGGCCGUUCGUGAUCUUAGGGCAAUUCAUACACGGGCAAGAAUCAUUCAUUUAAUCUUAAUACUGGACUAUUUCUAUUGCGAGUCACAAAAAUUGUAAGAUCAUUAAGUAAGCAAUACCUAGAUAAGUAAUAACUAUAACUGAUUUACUAUAAUAUUGCUGGGGAUUACAUUAAUUGUAGCGGUAAAAAAUACAGUGAAAAAAGAAUGGAACAAACUAAUAGAACUUGUUUGUGGCAAAUAGUCAUGCCAGCUCAUUUGAAGGAGGUUAAAAUGUAGACCAAUGUAAGACCAAGGAUGGAUUAAGCAGGUUCAAACAAAGUCAAAUUUAAAAAUGGCCCUGAACGUUCACAAAUAUUUUUUGCUUUCAAAUUUGCACUUAUCACUACGGUUUGCUCGAGCUGUAGACCGUAGAGAAAAAAGAAAUCGUUUGGAUAAAACACCAAUGAAAUAUUUAUUUUAACAUGGGCAAAAGCCAAACAAGAUUGAUUUUUGAUUCAAUGUUCCAAGAGAGAUUUGAUCAUGCAAACAGUGAGUAAUUUUUGGCCAUUAUGUUAUUGACCCUGUCAAAGACACAUUUGUAGACAUGGCUUGAAUUCGCCUUGGAGUGAAAUCUGAUCCGUCACACGCUUCUCGAUGGCAAGGCGAUGUGGAGGCAUGAGAGCUAUCGUUCAGGUUAUCUUGGCCAUUUUCGUUUUGCAAAUCAUUGCCUUGAUUUUCCAACCUUGGCGCUUGAACAAAAUCAGUCAAUGGAUAAAUCAGGUUUCGACCAAACAGCAAGUGGACAAUCAAACACAACCAGAUGCCUCGAGAUAUUGGGAUUUGGAAAAUCCGCCUCCAUUUGAGCAAUUUGAAUAUUUUUGGCCAGCUCCUGACGUGUUUGCGUAUGUUUGGGUGGCAGACGGCUUUGACGAGAUUUGUUCCGCUCUGACAGCUUUUAAACAGCUCAAGUCAUUUUUGGCGCCCAAACCGCAAAGAGACGACAUUGACUACAUCUUAAUGUAUCCAUCUGAUCUUGACUGGAUUAGCCAAAAUGAAGCCAUACAGUUGCUCGAGAAAUGGACAGAAUUGGAUGGGAUCCUUGAAGAGGUCGAGAUCAAGUUGGAACACAUCCGACAAGACGCUGUGCUGAGAAAAAAUCGAUUGACUACGCACGCAUUCAGUUUGAUGGAGUACGACAAGAUUCUCCUGUUAAACGCAAAUGGGAUCGUCUUAGGGAAUAUGGACCAUCUCUUCACUCAAAAGGAGGAAAACGUGGCACAAGCCCUCCUGUCGGCGGCCAAACAUUCUAUUCAGGAGUUGACUCAUCCCCAAUCCAAGCCUUGUUUUGGCCCGCAAAGUCCAUGGGUUGCGACUAGUUUGCUCAUGUUCCAACCUUUGCCAAGCACUCGAGACCGAAUCAUUCAAUACACGAGAGGACAAUCCGGCAUCUGGUCAGUGGAAUCAGCCAUCAACUACGAAUUUGCGUGUAACGACGAGCUCAAUGUUUUGCCUUCCAAGGGGCUCACAAAUUCAAACUUUCCCGAGCCGUGAAAGACUACUUCUUCGUUGUGCCCCAUGCAAUCACGGAUAUCGAAAGACUUUCAAGAGAAGAAAUUGAGCUAUUUUCGGGUUGGCGUAGAAACCGAUCUCAAACAUGUGAAAUAAACGAAUUUGCUCAUUGA